UUGUUUGAUUUUCACUUUGGGAAGUAAUAUUUUAGUUAUAUUUGUAUAAAUUAGUGUGCAAAAAUGUCGACAGCACAGAGGUCGUUUGUACAAAAAGUCUCAAAGCAACCGGCGGCAGAUGUGCGCAAAAACAUUACUAUGCAUAUGAAGUCUAAGCCCACCAACUGCAGCUCAGUGUGUUCAUCUACGCUCUCUCUCACUGAACCUCUUGAUUAUGAAGAAUUCCUUAUUCAAAACAUUAAUAUUAUUAACCGAGAUCCAUUAAAGCACAUUUUGGAUUUUCCUCAAGGAGAUGUGUCAGUUAAAACAAUUCCGAGAAAGAUUCGCACUGUCGAUCACAUUAUACCUAAAGGAAAUAUCUCUGACUUACCAAAGCACGUGCAGGAAAGCAUUCAUUGUUACACGCGUCCUUGGAAAGUUGUAGAAUAUGCACAACGCCACUACUCAAGCUCGUGUUGUGCACGAGAGCGUAUUGAUCGCGAAACUAUUAGCCCUUCGGCUUACCAGCAAGAGUUCGAGAUUGAUAAAGACUUUUCCUCCUUUGACGAAUCAUUCACCGAUAAGAGCGAAAGCUGCACACCUAGUUCCAGACAAUCUAUAGCCAGCUUAGCUUCGGUUAGUUCUUGUACCGAUACGCUAACUCCUCGCAGUUCUUGGGCAAGUUUUGAUUUAAGGCGCUCUGUUAAUGACCCUCUUAUUCCAAAUUUAUUGGAUAAUGUACCGCCAGAACAAAUUGAUCAAUUAAAUGACACGCGGCGGCAGGAGGAUCGUCAGGAUGCAUUCUUUUCCCUUUAUCCGGAUAUUGAAACUGAAGAAGUUGUUGAGCGCAGGUUGCCCGCUGAAGUUCCAGUAGAACAUAUUGGUCAUCGCAUACAAGUUAAAUGUCUGCAAUUAAAGUUGGAGUUAGAAGUAGAGCCUAUAUUCGCAUCAAUGGCCAUUUACGAUGCAAAAGAGCGACUAAAAGUAUCUGAAAAUUUUUACUUUGAUAUGAAUUCGGACAAUCUGAAACUUAUGUUAUCAACCCAUGUUCGGUGUGCCGAUGUUAGCACGCAAAGUCGCUCCGCUAUAUUUGAAAUUUCUUAUCCAAGUAAUGAUUUAUUUCUUGUUAUACGACUGGAAAAAGUUCUACAGGGUGACAUUAAUAAUUCUGUGGAGCCUUACCUUAAAGAGGACAAAGACAAGUACCGAGAAAAAGUAAAGUCAAAUGCAAUGGAUUAUUGUGAGCGCUUGGGAAAAUAUCGCAUGCCUUUCGCUUGGACUGCUAUAUACCUAACAAACGUCUUUAAUGGGGACAACUUUGAAAAUAAGGACUCUUGCGUUGGUGAGAGAGACUCAUCGAACAGCAGUGGCAGUGCUAUUUUGGGUUCUGCCGCAAGCUCAAAUAGCUUAGAUCGUAAGUCUUCAACUAGUAGUUUUGAUCAGCUGCGCCGAAAAGCUAACGAUAUGAGCGGUACGCUAACAAGGCGGGGCUCACUUGAACGCAAAGAAAAACGCCGCUCUUGGUCACCAGAUGACUUCGCCAACGUUGUUGAAAGUUUUCGUCCAAUUACUUUAACUGUGCCAAGUUUUUUCAAGCAAGAGGCAGAUAAAAUGAAAGAUGAGGACUUAUAUAAAAUUUUACCCGAGCUUAAAAGGCCAAGUACAGUCAUAAAAAAAUAUAAAUGUAUUCCGGGAUCCAUAAAAUUGGAAAUAUCACCUUGUGUUGAAGAUGUUACGAAUGCGUUAACUCCGGAAUUGGCUAAAAUCGAGCCACAUAAUGGCGACAAACCAUACCCAGUUAAAGAAAUAUUGGAAUUUCCCCCUCUACCCAUUUAUAAUCCCCACUAUAUAUAUCGUAAUCUACUAUUUGUGUCUCCCAAAGAGUUAAAUUUUUCGUCACGCGCCGGCUCGGCUCGUAACAUUGCCAUUCGUGUACAGUUGAUGGCAGGAGAAACACAAAAUGAUGCAGUCAAUGCCAUCUUUGGUAAAUCGUCGUGUCCGGAAUUUACGACUGAAGCAUUUACAUGCGUCAAUUACCAUAACAAGUGUCCAUCAUUCUAUGACGAGAUUAAGAUUGCUCUGCCCGCUUCCAUCAAACAGCACCACCAUUUAUUGUUCACUAUCUACCACGUUUCAUGCCAAAAAAAGCCACAUGAUUUGCAACUAUCAGUGGAAACUCCCAUCGGCUACACUUGGUUACCACUUCUGGAGGAUGGAAAACUAAAAGUUGGGGAAUUCAAUUUGCCUGUUAUGGUGGAAACACCCCCGGAGAACUACUCAUUUAUCCCACCAAAUGUUCAUCUUCCUGGAAUAAAAUGGCUCGACAAUCAUCGCGCUGUAUUUUCCAUUAACGUGGAUGCUGUGACUUCAGUUCACACUUUGGAUGCACACCUAGAUCGAUUUUUUUUGAUCUGCGAAUACUUGGACACCCGAAACAUUCCUUCCCAUAUUGGCGAGUGUAAUAUGGAAGCCGAGUUGAAAAGGUGCCUACUGGACAUAGAUCAUGCCAGUCGUGAAUCACUUGUUAGACAUCUGCCUCUUGUGUUGGACAAGCUAAUUGAAUUAUUGGUAACUACACAUAAAGUAGGAGGCCAAAUUAUGUCUUUGGGUUCGACUGUGUUCGAGGUGCUUUGCUUAGUUUCAGCACAGCUUUCCAUACUAAGCGACAUUGACCAAUAUGGACGCCAGAGCUUGUUUUCCACUUAUGUGCAGUUCCAAUGCAAAAUACCGCGCCCCCUCAAUACUGAACACAUCACUACCAAUGAGUUCUUAUCGAAGGAAACCUGUAGCAUUUAUGAUAAUGAUUCAAACACUCAUACUGCUGCUCUUGAAGUUGGCCCACAUCCAAGUGUGGGACUAGAAUCGAAUGUCAGUCAUGUACGUUUGCUACACGAAGAGCUCGUCUUGCAAUACACACUGUCUAGUGGGAGAGUGGCAGAUAUUGCUAUGAGUAAUUCAUGGUUUCUCUUUGAGCUUAUUAUCAAAUCUAUGAUAGAACACUUAGAUAAUUCAGGUACCCUGAAUGCUCCACGUAAACAGCGGUUUUCACACCAGUUUAACGAAGACGUAGCCUCGCUUGUCGCAGUUGUAACUAACAAAGUAAAUGAAUACCAUAGCACGGACCCAAGAUUAGCUCAGUCAUUGAAUGCAAGUUUAAGCUUUUUGAUUUUCGAUCUACUGAGCAUUAUGGAUCGUGGAUUUGUCUUUGGUUUAAUUAAAAUAUACUCGAAGCUUAUAACAUCAAGAAAUGCGAUAGUACCUGAUUUGAUGAACUAUAAACUCGACUUUCACCGAAUUGUAUGCAGUCACGAACACUUUGUAGCGUUAAAUUUUCCUUUCGGUACUUCUUACACGACCAUCUCAGCGCCUUGCAGCCCAACUCCCAGCACUACAUCUAACACUAGUCAGACUUCAUAUGGAUCCAUUGAACGUGCGUUGCACGCCGACCUUAGUACUGAAUUUCGUCAACAGCAUUUUCUCAUCGGCCUUGUGUUAAGCGAUUUGGCCACUGUCAUGGAAGUGCCUAAUCCUCAAGUGCACGGAAAAGCAAUUAACUGCAUACGAAAUCUUUUAAGUUCACAUGACUCACGGUACGAUGCGGAAGUACGCUCGCGAGUAGCUUCACUCUAUAUACCGCUGCUUUCGAUAGUCAUGGAUACUUUUUCACAACUAUAUCAAUAUCUAUCAGAUGCUCAAGAUCAUGAUCGCUUGCAGCAGAUAGGUCAACUUGAAGAUUAUCAAGGACCUCACCAGACUAUAGCCACGGCCACUAUAAGCCCUGAAGUAGCAUAUGCUAUCUCUGGUAGUCGUGUAUACUCCUACAUGGCGGAACAAUCGAAAAACAAGGUUCCCUUGAACGCAGAGAAUACGCGUCACUUGCUGGCUUGUUUCCUUUGGGUGCUGAAAAAUUUGGAACGCACGGUACUCUAUCGCUGGCUACUCGGCUUAAGCCCGCAUCGUGUGCACCAAAUGCUGCAAGUACUUAAUACAUGUUUAAAAGCUUUUGAAUAUUCGGGUCAAAAACGGAUGCCUACCCUAAAACGGGCUAAUACUCAUAGCUUUCGUAAAACAGCGCCAACUGAUGUUAAAGAAAAAUUAGAAGAAUGCAUUAGAGGAACAAAUUCGGCACGUUAUGAUUUGAUUAAUCGUCGCAAAGAUCGAAAUUCAACUGAAAAACUUCGCUGGCGUAAGGAGCACAUGCCAUACCGUUCGCAGUACAGUGAAACAGUUACCAAAAGCGAACCAGAGCUCGAAUUAAGUCAUUUUAUUGAGGGUUCUCUUUCUACUGAAAUUGCACUUAUCAUUCUAGAUUCCUUAGAAAUAGUAGUUCAUGUGGCUACCAACCUACAUCAUAAUCUUCUAGGGACAGUACUAAAAGUCCUCCUGCAUAGUUUAUCUCGCAAUCAAUCGACCCUGGCAUUGCAAAAUUUAUUUGCUUCUCAACGUGCAUUGAUCUUUAAAUUCCCAAAUCUUCUGUUUGAAGAAGAAACCGAUAUAUGCGCAGAUUUAUGCCUCUUACUGUUAAAGCAUUGCGCAUCACAAUUACCAGGCAUUCGUUCACAGGCAGCUGCAUCGUUGUACCUGCUAAUGAGACAAAACUUUGAAAUCGGAAAUAACUUCGCACGCGUCAAAAUGCAGGUAACUAUGUCACUAAGCUCUCUUGUGGGGACUAGUGCAUCUUUUAGCGAACAGUCGCUUCGUCGUGCGUUAAAAACAAUUUUAGUCUACGCCGAGUCCGAUGCAGACUUGCAAGAAACUUCUUUUCCAGAACAAGUGCAAGAUUUACUGUUCAAUCUGCAUAUGAUCCUCUCUGAUACUGUAAAAAUGAAAGAAUACCAGGAGGACCCAGAAAUGUUACUUGACCUAAUGAACCGCAUAGCAAAAGGCUAUCAAAACAAUCCAGACUUACGGCUAACAUGGCUAGAAAACAUGGCUAAAAAGCACCGUGAACGCGCUAAUCACACUGAGGCGGCUAUGUGUUAUAUACAUGGGGCUGCCCUAGUUUCAGAAUAUCUUAGUAUGCUGGAAUCCCAAACACAUUUGCCUGUCGGUGCGGUAAGUUUUCAGCGCAUUUCACCAAAUACGUUUAUGGAGUCUGCGGUAUCGGAUGAUGUUCUUAGUCCAGGUGAAGACGGCAUAUGUCUGGGCAACCACUUUACUGAGACGGGAUUAAAAGCAUUGCUCGAAGAGGCUUCUAAUUCUUUUCAAGUCGCAGGAAUGUAUGAAGCUAUGAACGAAGUAUAUAAAAUAUUAAUUCCAAUCUGUGAGGCGAACCGUGAAUUUCACAAGCUUGGCAAAAUGCAUGGUAAGCUGCAAGAAGCCUUUAAUCGAAUUGCACAGCUUCAGGGUAAAAGGGUGUUUGGAACAUAUUUUCGCGUUGGUUUCUAUGGUGCCAAAUUUGGAGAUCUGGACCAGCAAGAAUUUAUUUACAAAGAACCCACAUUAACGAAGUUGCCAGAAAUAUUUAGCCGACUUCAGAACUUCUAUGCGGAUAGAUUUGGUCCUGAAUCGGUGCAUAUUAUUAAGGACUCAAAUAAUUUUGAUACAAACACAUUGGAUCCAGAAAAGGCGUAUAUACAAAUCACUUAUGUCGAACCCUACUUCGAAACCUAUGAAAUGCGUCAUCGCGAGACUUACUUUGAGCGAAAUUUUAAUAUAAAACGUUUUAUAUUUGCAACACCUUUCACUAAAAGCGGAAAAGCUCAUGGAGAAUUACAUGAGCAAUGUAAACGAAAAACAAUAUUAACAACAGCUAACCACUUCCCUUACGUCAAAACUCGUAUCCAAGUAAUCAGUAGAGCGCAAUUUCAAUUGGAGCCGAUUGAAGUGGCAAUAGAGGACAUCCAAAAGAAAACACUGGAAUUGGCUGCAGCUACCAAUCAAGAGCCAGCCGACCCAAAAAUAUUGCAAAUGGUUUUACAGGGCUGCAUUGGUACUACUGUCAACCAAGGUCCAAUGGAAAUGGCUAGUGUAUUUCUGUCAAACUUAUCCGACGGCGCAACCAUACCAACGAAGCACCAAAAUAAAUUACGAUUGUGUUUUCGCGAAUUUUCAAAACGGUGUGCGGAUGCUUUAAAAAAGAAUAGAAACCUGAUAUUAUCGGAUCAAAAGGAUUAUCAGCGGGAACUUGAACGUAACUAUGAGCGCUUUGUGGAACGUCUAACGCCGCUUAUCACACUAACUUCAGUACAAACACAAGGUGUUAUAAAAACCAAUGCUUAUCAAAAUAAAAGCACACCAUUAAAAUGUGUAUCGGAUUAUUUUAAGUAAGUUUUUAUGCACACAAUAUCCAAAGCGCUUUAAAUUCAACACAAUUACAUCUAUACA